AUGCCCACUUCUGGUUCAGCUUAUACUUAUGUAUAUACAACAGCAGGUGAAUUUUUUGCUUGGAUUGUUGGAUGGGAAUUGUUACUUGAAUAUUUGGUAUCAGCCGCGGCAAUAUCUACUGCAUGGGCCGGCUAUUCAGUACAUUUUGUUCAAAUAACAUGUAAUUAUAUAUUCCCCGCCCGUAUUGUCAAUGCUCCUAUUAAUUUUAAUGAAACUAAUUUCUAUUUCUAUUUAACGGGAAAUAUCAUUAACUUACCAGCUAUUGUCAUUGUUGUAGCACUUACAACAAUGUUGAUGAUUACACCAAAGUAUUCGAUGCGCUUGGUAACAGUAUUUGUUGCUAUUUCAGUUACAAUACUAACAUUGUUUGUAGUUUCAUUAGCCAGAUAUACCGAUCAAAACAAUUAUCAUCCAUUUUUUUCAAAAUAUAAUGGCAAUUUUAACUCGAUCGGCAUAAGUGGUAUGCUUCACGGUACAACAGUGGUGUUUUUUGCUUAUAUUGGUUAUGAUGUCGUCACAACAGCAAGUGAAGAUGCAAAAGAUCCAAAAAAGACAAUUAAAUAUGGUGUUAUGGGAUCGUUACUAAUAUCAACCGUGAUUUAUCUUUUAGUUAUUAUUGUUCUUAUUGGAAUAGUACCUUACACACAAUUAAAUGAUCCUUAUCCAUUGGCUUUUGCUCCUAAUUAUAAUGGAAUGAAAUGGUUGUCUAUUACCAUGGCAGUUGGUGCUGUGUGCUCGACUACAUCAGCUUUGCUAGUUCAACUUAUAGCUCAGCUAAGAAUAUUUGUGGCUAUGGCAAGAGAUAAAUUACUGCCCAAAACGUUAGAAAAUAAAACUUGUAGAACAAUAACAACAGCCGGUGUUGUAAGAGAUAAGAUAAUGGAACAUUCAACAACAACAUUAACAACGGAUUUUUUAAAGUCAACAGUGCCGAGUGAAAAUAAUAGUGUUCAAGCGCUAGAUAAUCGUUAUUAUGCAGAACUACCUUCAGACUUAUCUUCCACAUUAUUCUCUCAAAGUCCUGUUAUACAGCAAGAAUCAGUGGCCACUAAUGAUGAUCAAUUGAUUCUGACAACAACCAGCAAUGUAUGCCCAUUGUCUUUCGAUUCGUAUACACCGAAGUAUGUCCGGACAAAUAAUGCUGAUACAAAACUAGCAACUGUUUCCGAAGUUCGAAUUGAAGAUGCGAUACAUGUAUUAUGGAUUGACAGUGAGAAAGAACAGUAUAAAUCUGCCUGUGACGAAUGGUGUAAGCAAUUAAAACAAUAUCUUAGAUACACAACAUAUAGGAGCACUAGUAUUGGUGAUGAUAAUAAACAAUGUUUAUUAAAAGAAUUAAAAAAUUUGAAAAAUGAAGCAAAAUUAUUUCUCAUUAUGUCCGUCAAUGUAACUGAUUUUAAAAUAAUUCUUGAUUUAAUGAGUGAUUUUAAAUGUAUAAGUUCAAUCUAUCUUUUAUCUGUUGGUUAUGCUGUUGGCAUUCCUACUAAUGAUACGUAUGAUGCUUACUUUGGAAUAUUAAAACUAUUAUAUCCAAAAAUUCGUUGUAUAUUUCAAACAAAAGAAGUGUUGAUGUAUCAGUUUAUAUGCGAAUUAGCUGUUUAUUAUAUUCACGUAGGUGAUAAGUAUA